AUGGCUUUGUCCAAGCGCGAAGUCAACCGCCGCAAGCUCAUCAGAUAUGCUAUGGGCAUCAGCACAAUCCAGCGGCAGGCCCGCAUCUUUCUCCUCAGGAAGGAGCUCUACGAAAAGUCGCUGACUCUACAGCCCGUUCAGGUGGUCUUUAGCUUGAACCACGAGAAGCAGUCGUCGAAAAUGUUGCCAUGGUCCUGGCAAGUCUUCAUGGCGCCCUGGGAGGAUGAGGAGACAGGUGCCGAGGAGAAGCCCGAGGCCGAGAAAAAGACCAACUUUGUUGACAUCUUCAAGAAGGUGGGCGUCAGCAACUGGGAGGUCAUGGCGAUUGUCCACUGCCAGCGACUGGCCCGAGGCCAUCUGGCAAGGAUAAGAACGACGCGGCUGAAGAAAAUCGCCAGAAGCGCCGUGGAGGGAAUGGUGGAGUUCAGCCUCAAGGAAGUGGACAGAAGAAAAGCUGCGGCCAUUACCAUUCAGCGCCAUACUCGAGGCUACAGUGUGCGUCGACGGAAUCUCAUCUUUGAGAAGCGAAAUGCUGCACUGGAAAGCAAUAUCGACAGCAUCAAGUCCGUGCAGGCCUUCGUCAAGCGAUUUCUGGCCCAGGGCUAUCUUCAUAUUGGCAUCACCAACAAUGUCAAGAUGUUUGCGGCCACCAUGAUCCAGACUGAAUGGCGUGCCUGGCUUGCCCGCCGGCAUGUCGAGCGGUUGCGGGAGGAGGCUCUUUGGCCCAUCAAAGGCUGGUUUGAGUACACGGCCACCGGCCGAGACACGGUGCAGGUGGAGGUCUGCUUCCUUGCAAAUCCCAGCUUCGAUGACUACAAGUACUUCGUCAAGAACGGCAGUACGUCUGCUCUGCAGCUGAGCUUGGAGGAACUUGAAGCAGAUCUUGCUUCGGCGAUGAGUACUAUCCAAGGAAAUCAGUUCUUGAGAGACGACGUUGGCCCAAGGAAGGCUUCUGGCUCCAAGGCUCCUUCCCGCUUGAACCCCUCCAAGGAUCCCAGAUCGGAGGGCUCCAAGGCGUCGCAAAAGCCAACUUCAGCACAGAGGAGGAGCAAGGACGAUGUCAAAAAGGAGUCGAGGCUGCCCGAAUCCACAGCGGAAGAGCCGGCAGCAGCGCAGGCGCCUUCUGCAAAAAGCAAGGCAAAGAACGAAAGGCCUGCAGGUGAGCCAGGCAGCGAGGAGGCGAAGCCAAAGUCUGCUUCACGCCCAGCGUCUCAACCCAGGGACAAGAAAGGCACCGGCGGCGAAGGUGCAGCAGAGUCCGCAGACUCGUCGCCGACGCCCAAGCCAGGCAGCAGAGGCGCGUCUCCCUCAAAGAAGAAGGAAAAGUCCGAAGCUGGGGCCAAAGAGGAGGCCGCUGCGAAGUCCAAGGCUUCCAGCAGGAAGCCUGGCAAAGCAGAUGCUGACAAGACAGCGCAGGCUGACAAGGAUGGCACCGAGGCAUCCGCCGGGCGGGCUUCCCAGUUCUGCAAAUCGACAUCGAAGCUGCGAUGGCUGUUGACGACACCUGCACUGCCGGAGGAGAUUGCAGCCUGGAGCUCCACCAGCUGCGUGGUAUGA